ACAACACAGUCGCUUCACAACGCACGUGCGCACAGGCAUCAAAAGAUUUCUAUAGUUAGUGUUUAAGGAAGUGAAUACAAUUAACUAUCUAGAACUUUACUAUUAAUAAUUCUGUGAUACAAUACUAAAUCCCUUUGGACAUUCCAUCAUGACCUUGUGCAAUGCUCGAUUAAUUCCGACUCAAGCUUAAGUCAAUAGGUUGCGUAGACCGACCUUGUGACAUCAUACAGUGCCUCUGCGCCGGUCUUCACACGGCGCGUCCGCGGGACGAACGUGCGCGCGUUCUAAUUUCGAAUUUGUUUUUUUUUUAACGAAACUUUUUAAUUUAUUUAGUGCCAGUGCUUAAAAAGGUUGGUGUUGUGGGUGUAAUUAAUUGCCGUGACAUGGGAAAGUUCAAAACGUGACUAUUUCAAAAUAGUUGAUGCUACUUUGAACUUAAUUAUAAAAUAAACACUUUUGUUUAUGAUACGCAGAUGAACCAAAGAUGACAAGAAAGUUUCUCUUUUGUUUCCCGCUUCGAACGGGGAACAUUGUUUUAGGCUACAUAGUUAUCACGAUAGCACUAAUGGUGUUCGGGUACCACCUCUACGAACUGGGUCUCACCAUGGUCUCUAAAGACUAUGAACAUGAGAAAUUCCGCAACUUCCAAAACCUUGAGAAUAUCUUCGGGAAGACCAACGCCUCCCUAGUCGCCUACAUCACUAUGAGCUACUACACCACAUACUGCGGUAUCGCCAUCUUGCUGUUUCUCUUUGGUAUUAUGUUGGUCUGCGGAGCAUAUCAGGCGAAUCAUUGUCUGGUGGCCACAUUCUUCGUGUACAGUUUCUUCCACAUGUUCUUCACAGUGAUACUGAUUGUUUGGGAAGCUGUCUCUGAAGGCUGGAUUCAAAUUGGACUUAUUGUUUUGUCUAAUGUGCUCCUGAUAAUUUGCCUGUUCAGCGUCAAAUAUCUGAUGGAAGCCAUCAGGACAGGGAACAUCUACAGUCGACCUGGGGAGGUUCUCUGCUCAGACAAGUACAACACCUUGACUAACCGCAGCGUGAGGGAUCGGGAGCCCAAAUAUUAUUACAAGGACUUCGACCGAUAGUCAAGCAGAAGUUUGGUAGAAAAGAUAUCGUGUUAUAAAAAUAUUUAUUUCUCAUAGACGUUGUUGAAAUUCGUUAUGUUACCGUGAUUGGACAAUACUCAAAUGUUUAGCGAGGUCUGAAUAAAUUUUGUAGUAGAAAUCGAAAUUUGAAUCGUGAACAUACCCAAAAACCAGACGGAUGUACGAGUAUUUGUGAAAACAAGGAGACCUUCAGAGAGGGUCUAUUCUCCUUGAAAUUUGGAAAAUGUGAAUUUUAUGAAAACCUACAUUAUUGAAUUUCGUUAGGCAUCAAAAUGGAUUCGAUAAUUUGCAAGAUAAUAAUUACUAUAGAAAACUUACUAGGUAGCGCUGAACAUAAUCACGAGGUCUGUUGUGGGGAUCGACUAUAAUUGUUAAUGUAGAACUUUUAUAAUUAUAAAUUAGUAACAUCUAAUCAUUGUUAUGUCCACUGUCUUUAAAGUUUUAACCCGAAAAGUGAUAUGUGAGACUUUUUGCCCAUCAGUGAGACAUGGAUCUACAGGAGACAAAAAUAUAUUACGGAGUGACUUUGAAAUAAGUGCAGUCGCAAUGAAGAUAAUAUCAGAGUUUCUUCUAAGUAUUCCAAUGAUAAUAAACAAUGAUAAGAUUGGAGAAACUUUUAUAUAUUCUUGUGUCUCUUCAAAUAUUUCUUACUGCUUGGCCCUUAUUGCUCAGAAUUCAGUAUUAAUGUCAGUGGUAUAUACUCUGAGUAGAAAACUGUUCAAAUUAGCAGUAGACUAAAGUACUGUUUGCUCAUACUUUGUUUUACUUAUUUUGUGUAUUUGUGAACCAAGGUAGAGAAUGUUUGUUUAUUUAGCUAGUUUUUAUACCUGAAAUGCGUUGUUUGAAGUUAAGUCGAAUUAAAGUAAUACUUUGUUGAAAAUGUAGAUGAUGUAUGUGAAAAAUACCCAUGGUGUAUGUAUAAAAAUAUUAUUAAAAAAAGGGAAAUUCUACAAUCCAAAUUAAGAGAAACGGUGAUAUUAUUAUGAUUUCAAGCAUUCCAGAAAGUAGUUAUGGGUAGUAUAGUUAAUGUUUUUUUAAUCAUAACAUAUAAAUAUGUAAAAUUUAUAUGGUGAAUAUAUGUACCGGAAAUUAACAAAUAAAG